UCUCAGUUGGUGGCAAACGUUCAACAAGUUUGCAAACGAUUACGGCCAUUUUAUAGUAUUCGUAAAUAUUACGUGUGAGUCAUGGCCGUGGGAACUGUUCUAGUGACAGCAUUGCUGAUGCUUCUUGGUUACCUGUUGGUGAAAUUGCGUAGCACCAUGAGGUACUGGCAGGAGUUGGGAAUUCCCUGCGAAGAGCCUCACAUCCUGAUGGGAAGCAUGAAAGGAGUACGAAGCAAGCGAUCGUUUCACGAGAUCUGGAUGAGCUACUACAAGAAGUUCCGAGGAACCGGACCCUUUGCUGGCUUCUAUUGGUUCCAGCGCCCGGCUGUUUUCGUCCUGGAAACUUCUCUGGCAAAACAGAUCCUGAUCAAGGACUUUAACAAGUUCACGGACCGUGGCUUUUAUCACAACCCCGAAGACGAUCCAUUGUCUGGCCAGUUGUUCUUGCUAGAUGGCCAAAGGUGGAAGUCCAUGCGAAAUAAGUUAUCUUCGACCUUCACCUCCGGAAAAAUGAAGUUUAUGUUCCCCACUGUUAUUAAGGUGGGUCAAGAGUUCAUCGAUGUAUUCGGCCAACAUGUGGAAAAGAACCCCAUUACCGAGGUUAGGGAGUUUUUGGCUAGGUUCACCACUGACGUAAUAGGCACUUGCGCCUUUGGCAUCGAGUGCAGUAGUUUGAAGGACCCCGAUGCGGAGUUCCGAACGAUGGGUCGACGAUCCGUAACAGAGCAUCGUCUGAGUUCUGUAGGAAUCGGCUUUGUGAAUAGCUUCCCCAACCUGGCACGCCGACUACACUUGAAAAUGACAGCGGAGGCCGUAGAAAAGUUCUUCAUGCGCAUCGUUAGGGAAACAGUCGCUUUCAGGGAGCAGAAUAAUAUCCGUCGAAAUGAUUUCAUGGAUCAGUUAAUCGACUUGAAAAACAAGCCACUAAUGAUGUCCGAAUCCGGUGAGAACGUUAACCUAACUAUUGAGGAGAUUGCAGCGCAAGCUUUUGUGUUCUUUGCGGCUGGUUUUGAAACCUCAUCGACUACAAUGGGAUUCGCGUUGUAUGAGCUGGCCCAAAAUCAGGAUAUCCAGACCAGAGUGAGGGAAGAGGUCCUGGAGAUUUGGGAAAAGUACAAGGGAGAUUUAUCCUACGAAAGUGUACAGGAACUGGUCUACCUUAAUCAAGUAAUAUCUGAAACUCUUCGACUUUACACUGUGCUGCCGGUCUUGAAUCGUGAGUGCCUGGAGGACUUUGUGGUCCCUGAAAACCCCAAGUAUGUUAUCAAGAAGGGAAUGCCCAUCCUGAUUCCCGCCGGAGCCAUGCACCGCGAUGAGAGACUGUACCCGAAUCCGGACACGUUCAAUCCGGAAAACUUUUCUCCCGACCGCGUCAAGGAGCGAGAUUCCAUAGAGUGGCUUCCUUUCGGCGAUGGGCCAAGAAACUGCAUCGGAAUGCGAUUUGGCCAAAUGCAGGCACGGAUUGGACUGGCUCUUCUGCUCAAGGACUUCAAGUUCUCAGUCUGCGAGAAGACUACAAUUCCCAUGAAAUACGACAAAGAACAGUUCCUUAUUUCAAGUGAAUCUGGUAUCACCCUUAAGGUUGAACGAGUGUAACUCUAUUAUUUCUACAUUAUUACCAAAAUAUAAAUCGUUGAGAACUACUUAA